CUCGCAGACUCUACUCGCACUCGCAUUUCACUUCAACAUUCGUUAGUGCACUGCUCAUUGCAAAGAUUAUUUAAAAUUAAAAAUAUAAUUGUAAAAUUUCCUUAACACUAGAUAUGAAACGCCAUCGUUUGAAUAUAAAAAAUGUCUCGGUAGCCAUCAUUAUUCUAAUGGGCUUAUACUUGGUGUUCUCAAGUCGUUAUCAAAACUAUGAAGCCGAUGGCAUUAUCAAAAAUACCCAACCGGAAGAUGUUUGGAAUUAUGUGGCCGAUUUUAGUAAAAUGAGACUUUUAAAUCCAUCCAUUUUGAAUUUCAGAAUUUUGUCGGAUGGUGGCCACACACACGAUUUUCGUUAUACCGUUGAAUACACAGAACGCCUAUCACAUUGGCCCUAUUGGCUGAAUAAAGCGACUGCUAAUUUUAAGGUUGUGAAAUCGAUGCCGCAUGUUGAACCGCAAGUCUUUUCCAUUGAAUCCAAACAUGAGACAUGUUUUUUCAAAGGCCUCUAUUGUUUGCAUGCUGAAAGCGAAGCCAGUUUUAUUGCCCGCAAAAAUGACACCUACUGCUCUGAGAAAAUCCGCUACGAAUGUCCUCCAUUUAUGGGUAUCGCUUGCAAACGGGAGCUAGAAUUUCAGCGUAAGGCUGUCCAACACAAUUUGACAGUGAUAUUUAACAAAAAAUAGCAAUAAGCACAAGUUUUUUUUUUUCCAUACAUUUUGUUUUUAUUAAAGUUUUAUUUUUUUUUUUAAUUCAACCAAAAAAACUUUAAACAGACUAAUAACUAGUUUUUUUGUAAUAAAUUUCAAAGUGAACGAACUUAAUAGUUAUAAAA